GGAUGUGCCUUGGAAAUGGGGUUAACAAAGUUUUUGCUAGCCCUAUUCUUGAUAGGUUUAACCUUACCUCAUGUCUCCCAAGCCAAAGACGGCCACCUACACUUUCUCGACGGACACAACAAAGCUCGUGCCGAGGUUGGUGUUCCUCCACUUAAAUGGAACAACACCGUUGCAGCCUAUGCUCGGAAGUACGCUAAUACGAGGAUUGCAGACUGCAACUUGGAGCAUUCAGAUGGGCCGUAUGGAGAAUGUAUUGCUGAAGGUUAUGGAAACUUGAGGGCUGCCGAUGCAGUGAGGAUGUGGGCAGGUGAGAAGCAAUACUAUGACCAUAAAUCCAACAAAUGCGUUGGUGGUGAAUGCGGGCACUACACCCAGGUGGUUUGGCGCGAUACAAAGUAUCUUGGGUGUGCCAAGGUCAAGUGCCACAAUGGCUGGAUGUUUGUCACCUGCAACUACGAUCCUCCGGGAAAUUACGAUGGCGAGAGUCCAUACUAA